AUGGCAGAAAGUGAAGAAGCGAGAACGAGUCACUUGCCUGAGAGAUCACCAACGUUCACAGCGCGCGAAAGUGAGAUCCAAAAAGUUAUUAGUUUUCUCAACGAUAAAGAAACGGCCGUUGUCUCUCUUUAUGGCCGGCCUGGAUUUGGCAAGACAGCAAUUGCUGUCGAAUUGGCACAUCAGCUUAACGAAGAUCAUAAGAUUCUUGUCAUUUUCUCUCGUUUCACUACCUCCGUCUCUGAAGAUGAAAUGAUCCUACAACUAUGCUGUGAUGUCGGUAUCAACCAAGAAAAUGACCCCAAGUCAUCUUUAGCCCUUUGGUUGAGAAGUAUCUAUAACAAAGUAAUUUUUGUUUUGGACAAUGUAGACAAUCUGCUCGCGUUUUUCUACGAGCUUAUUCGUUUUCUUCGAAAUCACUCCAAUCAGCAUUGUCAGAUGAUAACUACCUCUAGGAUGUCUUACCAAAUACCAGGUCACUCGAUUGCGAAAGUUCAAGUCAGCGAGAUGGACAACGAGUCUUGCAUUGCGCUAUUACAAAAAAUGUGCCCUAGUCAUGAAAUGGAUGAUAUUUUCUUGCAAGAAUUAGCCGAACUAUGUGGUCAAGUACCUCUUGCCAUGUGCAUCGCUGGCACCAGAGUUCAAGACUUUGAAAACUCUGAUGAUUUAUUACGGCAACUAAAGAAUGACCCAUUGGAGGCUUUACAAAGUCCCGACGGUGACCAGUUCGUCACAAGAGCUGUCAAAAUGUCAUACGAAAUGCUAGGUAAUGAGCAGAGAAUAAUUCUCGCCCGUUUAACAGUCUUUGACGCAGGUUUUGAUGAUAUGGCCGCUAAAGUAGUAAUAAAUGAAAGGAACUUGGAUAUUGAAGAGAUUUUAAAGAAUUUCGUUUGUCGACGCUUGAUUAAACUAGCCUGUGGCCAUUACUCCAUCCAUCCCUUGAUUAAACGUUUCUUGAUGGGUCGUUUAGGUGAGCAAGACAAAAAGUGUGCACAAGCGUUAAUGGUGGGACACUACUUGGCAUUAGGGCACAACUUAACGAUGCAGAGUUACUCGAAAGACGGUUACAAAGUGAACAGAGAAGCUCUCAAAAGGGAAGCACAUCAAAUCCAGAACGUCCUUAAAAUUUGUUGCAACCAAAGAGAUUCCGACAUCAUCGUCUGCCUUACUCGUAGUGAAAUUUACACCACAUCUGCACGACUCUUUUUCAUCUUCAUAAGAACCGUCAUACCUGAAAAUAUUGUCGACAAGUUCCUACAACUGUGCGCCGAUCUGGCUGAGCAAAGGAAGGAAUACGCUAUUAAAAUAGAUUUUGAUUGCUUGAUAGCAGCGCAAAAACGACGUCAGUCAACUUUCACCCCAGACGUAUAUAAUGAAAUGUUUGAAAAAAUCAAAGAGGAUUUUGAAAGACUUGGAGACGUGGAGGAAAACCUGUCAGUUCGUGCUCAUUUUUUCUACCAACACGGUAGAUAUCUAUCGUUUAAAGCUGAAAACUGUACAUUUGAUGAGAGACCUAAAUUUUUGGCUGAAGCACGACACCAGCUAGAAAGAUCAUUUGAGAUUAGAGAAAUGUUAACAGAGACCACAGUGGAAAAAGCAGACAAGAUAUUUUCGGCUUUACAUUUAGGAAAUAUAUGGAAGAAGAUCGCAAAGUCUGAAUUUUGCAAUUUCCGACAGGAAUCCAGUGAAUCGCCCAAAAAAGCAGAAAAAAAUUACAAAGAGGCUUUACAAUUAUCCUUAAACAAUUUAGGUGAACACGAACUUACAUCAGCGUGCUACAAAAAUCUUGGUGAUUUCUACUUACUCCUCCGUGUUAAUGAGAAGGCUAUAGAAAUGUAUACCAAUGCUAAACGAAUACGUGAAAAUUUGGAUCUUGAAGCCAGUGGAAAACACGUUAAUCUACUCAGCAAUUACGGAAAAUGUUUGAUUCGUGUAAGACGUGUAGAAGAAGCAAUAGUUCACCUCGAAAUUGCUAGGAACAUAGCCGAGAAACUCGCUAUUAACGACGAACCAAAUCAAUGCAAGGCAAAGAUCUACACAUCACUAGCUAUUGCAUACAAGGAAGCACGAGGAAUGAAUUCUGAAGAAGCAGUGAGUUGUGCAAAAAAAGCACGGGAUUUCGAUGGAAUUAUCAGAGUCGUCAAGGAAUACGAGUAUAAUAUCAUACAGCAAAUUGUACAAAAUAAUUUGCAAACAGCUUAGACACCAUAAUUAUAACCGUAUAAGCCCGGACCAAAAGCCCUGCAACACUAAAUAACUCACGUAGUGUUUCCACAAACGUCCAAAAUUAUAUAUCGCCAUGCAAAAUUCAAAGAACUUAUUAGCUUAUAGCGGCUAACUUUUAUGGAAUCUUUCAUCGCACAUUCUCUUAAGAGUUUCAAUUUGCACACUUGCACCUUUUAGUCCACCCUCCCCCUAAUUCUAUCCCUGGCUUGACAAAGCCAUGCAGCAUUAACCAUUAUUACCAGCAAUUUUCAUUCAGAUACGGGAUUGGACUGUUGAUUGUCUGUUGAUUAUUUUGAAACGACCUUGAACAAGCAGGAUCAUUAUAUCACCGCUCAAGGAACUUAUAUUAAGCUUAGAUACGCUAUUUUAACGAUGUUUCCGGGCGCACUUAGAGAACCAACUUAAACAAUAUGAAUAAUAAAUAAUUGGAUUUGGAUUAAUUACAAGUUUUAUCCAUGAUGUUUAGUUCUCGUGCUUAUAAAAAAUCCUAAUCCUAUCAGUGUUGGUGACUAUUGUAAUUAAAAUUUCCAAGUAUAUAGAGUUUCUUACUCAGAACAAUUUGCCUAGCAAGCAAAUAUAUGGCAAGUAUAGACAUUCAUAUCAUCGAUAAAAAAGAAAAUUACAGAGCAUUUUGGAUGGGACCAUCUCAGAGAUUUUUAACCAUUUAACAACCAUCCAUUUACGAUGUAUUUUUGUAAAAAAAAAUCAUUUCAUGGAGUGACGUCGA